GAUCGGCUCCACCCUCUCCAAAUCGAUGCAGCAGCUAGCACUGGGUGCAUUCAUUAGCAGCUCCAGCUCAUGAUCACCACUCUCCUCGGCUAGCUCCUCCUCCCAACAGUUCACCACCGCCCCCUAGAAUCGCCCAUUCACAUGGCGCUCUCCCGCCGCCUUCCCCUCCUCCUCCUCCUCUCCCUCGUCGCCGCCAUGACGGCGGUCACCAGCACCGCCCCCGAGGUCAUCGUGACCAAGUGCUACCCGCCGCCGACGCCCACCGGCACCACCCCCGGGGUCAUCGUGACCAGGUGCUACCCGCCGCCGACGCCCACCGUCAACGGCAGCGGCGCGUUCCCCGAUAGUCUCCUCCCGCUCCUCGACGCCCUCCCCUCGGCCGCCGCGCGGACGGGCUUCGCCUCGCUGGGGGCCGGCGGUGCGCUCGCCCGCGGCUUCUGCUUCGGCGACCCCGCGCCCGACCCGUGCCUCCGCUGCCUGUCCGACGCCGGCAGAAAGAUCACCGGCCAGUGCGGCGACGCCAGCCGGCGCGUGGGCUUCCUGAACGACGGCUGCUUUCUGGGCUACGCCGACACCAACGCUUCCUCCUCCGCCUGCCCGGACGCCGACAUCGGCGCGGUGACCUUCUCCGGCGACGCCGUCCCGCGCCUCGACGACGCCGACGUGCAGAAGCUCGUGACCGUGGCGCAGUCCCUGGUCCCGCGGUCCGCGAACGGCCAGCUGCCCGCCGUCAACGCGACCGCCACGGCGAGUAACGGCGACACGGUGCGCGUGCUGGCACAGUGCGCGACGGACCGCGCCGCGACGGAGUGCGCCCGGUGCCUGCGGGACUCGGCGCUGCAGAUGGCCAGGAGCUGGGGGGCCGCCGCCGGCGCCGUGCAAGGAAGCGUGGCCGCUGUCCUCGGUUCCAACUGCUACCUCCGCUUCGAGAUAUCGGCACCGCCGCUGCCCCUGGGAGAGCAGACCCGGAGGAUGAUAAAGGAGAACGUCGCCCUGACGGUGUGCAUUGCCAUCAUCUUCGUCCUAGUCGUGGCUGUCAUGGCGUGGCAGCUUGCGUCGUCGGCAUGAGGAUGGGGAUACAGGCCUGGAAUGCGGCGGUGGCAGCGGCGGCGGCGGUGCAAGGGAAUUAGCCAUGACCGAUCGAGGGACGAGGAAGACCCAAUAGCAAGUCGGCUGCAGGCAGGACAUGAGAGAAGUUCCGCGGACGAAGACCCUGCGGUCAGGAGCACAUGACUAGCUAGGCUAGGGUAGUGUUAUGCUCUUAUUGAUCUAUUCUGUUGUAUGCAUUUGGAUGCUUGGUAGUGCUACUGCUCUGUUCCGUGAUCGAUCUCGCACUAAAAAUGCUCAUCCUUUUUAGAUCUUCAACAGAUGAUGAUCUCUUCUCGCUAGUUGCUUGCCUAGCAAGCUCGUCGAGUCGUCCCGUCCUCCAUAAUUAUG